UUCUCCCGGCGUGCGCUUGCAAUUUCGGUUGCUCGUCACUCGACAAGUGUUUGUGGUUCCCGGCUUCACCAGUAUCUGUUUUCUCGCAACAUUCACUGCAUGCAACAAGCGCAUAACAACCUGAGCGUUCGUGGCUACCAUGAGCACUACCAAGGUCAUGUCUCUCAGCUCGACGUCGGGCACACCGACACCUCCCAAUCCAACACCGUAUACCGAUUCUGCUACCAGCAACGAAAAUGUUGCACAUCCAGACUUCGACGCUGUUGGCCGUAUACUCGGUCCAAUACAAGAAGACCUGAAUGAGCGAGCGGACUUCGCUAUGCUACCGAGCCCUCCCAUCAACACCCCCGAAGCAUUCUCCCCUGCGCCGUCCGUCUUCUACCGCCCCCAUCGUAGCCGCGGAUUCAGCCUCCUUGGAGACCGUCUAGCCAUGCUCAAGCUUCACGAGUGUGGCUCACCUCGUGGAGAUUCAGAUUGCGCCUCGAGCAACCGCUCCAUCGUGACCUCUGUUGAGGACGAGGCUGAGAAUAUCGCGGAUGAUGAGAGCUCCACUGGCCGCUCGGUGGCCAGGAGCGUGCCUGGAUAUGCUCAUAGCAUCAACAAGAACGUAGCGCCGCUCAUCUCUCCUACCCCAGGUGCUAUUCCUAUUGCGCUCGGCUCGGCUCGGCUUAAUCCGCGCAUCGAGGAGUAUAUUAUGUUCUCGAGCAAGGACCUACCCGUCACCAGACCUGCAAAGGGCACCACUUCUUCUACGCAGGCUAUCCCCGCGAACAACGGUUCCCAUACGCGUGGUGGUUCUUUCGACACUAUCAAGAGCGAAGGCGCUGUCAGCGGAGUCACGGAGAAGAGUACCUGGGCCGAAGAGAUUGAGGAGAACGCCGAGCGGGCCUUCUUGCGUUUGGAGCAGCUGGCUUACGAUGAAUGCGUUCGCAACCCCAGGCGUAGCAUGGAGGAGCACUACACCGAGCGCCUUCAGCGCCUUCUUGCCAAGAACGACCGCAAAGUCAAGCUCAAAAUUAGCUACGAAACCUCUACGGUGAGCUCAGCUAGCGCAUCGACAAUCUCUACGCAAGCUCCGACUGAGGUGCCCGAGGAUACCGCCGAUGAUGCCACCGCUGAGGCUGUCGCUAAGGAGUAGAAAACUGUCUGCAACACCAAAUCUGUUUACUGCAUUUUGUACGAGAUCAGUUUAUGACGGCGCGUUGGCGCGAUCGAUUUGCUGAUCAUGGCGAAAAGUGUUUGGGACUUUACGGGUCUGGCUUUCAACAUGAAUAGCCAUCUGCACAAUACUGGGGUCAUGAUCACGAUGAACGAAGCAUAAUCCUUCCCUCAUGGCAUUGAUCUUGCCAUGACUAUGUACACUAAUAUAAUCUUGUCCUCUGAGAACCUCUUGUACUACCUAACGGCAAAUAGUCGGAGGGUCCAACCAGCAGUGCAUGUGACGUUGUUUCUCAGCGCUUGACAAGCUGCCUUUUACGAAGCUUGCUUUGCACCAAUAGCUUGCAAUACACCCACCGCGAGCAGAAUUCCAGCAGAGGGUUUGUCAUUCACGCGCCAAUACUAAGCCCCGUGAUCAGCGUCAU